AUGAAAAUGUUGGUUCGUGCAUUAAUUUUAGUGCUGUCAGUUUGCGCAACAGUGAAAGGCGAGGAGCAACAUGGGCUUCGGUCUUUGUUAUCGUUACGAGGACCCUUGCGUCGCUCACUAACAUCGUGUGCUGCAGGACGCCGGCAGGAUUGUGAGGAUUGCAACACGGUAAAAAUUUGCAGCUACGACCAGAUUCCUCUCGCACAGUUUCGGUGUCAGGAUGUUGAUCCUUCCAAACCUUAUUGUACUGGUCAAGGUAUUUGUUCUAAUGUUCCGGACGUCGAUGUCAUUUGUACGAAGACAAAUGAUUUGUGCCCGAUGAAUGCCGCUGGAUAUUAUCCGGAUCCAUCAAACUGCACCCGCUACUUAUACUGUGAUGAAAAUAGCGUAAGCUACGAACAAACUUGUGUGGCAACCAAUAAUGUGUACAACCAGACGAGCGCAUCGUGCUUUCUUAAACGUCGUUCGGCAGAUUGCUUCCAGGUGGACUGCACUAAUUCGCGUAACAAGGACAAGUGGUUCGUUUACGACCCUUACCCCCAGCUAUAUUUUCUGUGCUCAUCAAAUGGACCGCUGAUGUUCAAAUGUGCGCGUGAAACAGAUGUUUUUGAUUUGACAUUGAAACGAUGCGAAUUUCAGUGUCGCACUGCUGGGCGUUUCGUGCACCCGUCUAGCUCCAACAAAUAUUACGAAUGUGCAUAUAUCAGUACUACGAAGCUGGAAAAGUAUGAACAAACUUGCCCUCCAUUGUUACAAUUCAAUGAAAAUGAUCAAAAAUGUGUACCGGUAUGA